AUGCACUUUACAAGCUCCUCCUUGUCUCCUUGCUUUGACUUUCCUGCCUUCUGCAAGCUGUCAUCUGUUGGCAUUUGCAUGUUGGUGUAGGACUUGCAAGGAAAGAAAACCUCACUUCAUCUCUCAGUAGAGAUCCAGGGUGUUAUGGGAACUGAGCACUCAAAGAACAAAGGGCGAAGGAGCGUGGUUUUUCUGAGGAAAAGUCCAAAGCUGCCUGCGUGGGAAGAUGCUCUUCUCUCAGGGGAAGAGCCCAAGUCACUGCUGAAACGGGGAUUGUGCUAUGUCACCUUGAGCCUCAUAAUGAAAGGGAUGACCAGCACGCCUGACUUCUUGUGGGGAUUGCCCGAGGUGCAGAAACUGAACCUCUCACGCAACCAGCUGGUGGUGAUUCCUCCUUCGCUGGGGAAACUGGACAGGUUGGUAGUGCUGAACUUGGGGGGCAACUGCCUCAAGUGUUUGCCUAAAGAGAUUGGGCUGCUGAGGAACCUGAAGGUCUUGUUCGUCAAUAUGAAUUGCCUGACAGAAGUGCCAGCAGAGCUCAGCUUGUGCCGGAAGCUGGAGGUUUUGAGCCUUUCGCACAACGGCAUCUCGCAACUGCCUUUGAGCUUCACUGACCUGACAAGUUUGAAGAAACUGAACCUCAGUAACAACUGCUUUGUGCAAAUUCCCCUCUGCAUUUAUGCACUGAGGAGCUUAGACUUCUUGCACCUAGGGUCGAACAGGCUUGAAAACAUCGCAGAGAGUGUCCAGUAUCUGGUCAACCUGCAAAUCUUUAUCGUGGAGAAUAACAGCAUACGCACCCUGCCACGAUCUCUCUGCUUCAUCACCACUCUGGAGUUACUAAACAUCGAUUACAACGCCAUCCAGACUCUCCCAGAUGACCUUUACCUGCUGCGCCGGCUGCCACGCAUCGCCUGGAACCCAAUGGACAAAGGCCUCCACAUCGCUCACAACCCCUUGUCCCGGCCCCUGCCUGAGGUCAUCGAGGGGGGGCUGGAUGUCCUCUUCAACUACCUCAGGGAAAAAAAGGAGCACAACUGA